CGCUUGGCUCCUUGUAUUCCUCCCGCCGCCGCCUCGCGGGUGAAGCGAUACGGAGUAAAUGAGGAGAUUUUAAACAAAAACUGAGGUAAAAUUCUCGGGUUUUCGCGGAGCGAUGGCGGUGAAUUUCGGCAGGAUCGUUGUGGGCGUUUACGUGGAAAUAAAACGCAGCGACGGGCGAAUACAUCAGGCCAUGGUGACGUCUUUAAACGAAGACAAUGAAAGUGUUACUGUGGAAUGGAUAGAAAAUGGAGACACAAAAGGAAAAGAGAUUGAUUUGGAAUGUAUAUUUUCGCUGAACCCAGAUGUUGCUCCAGAGGAGGAGAUUUCCUUGAGCCCUAUAACUCCACCCCCUCCCACGCCAAGUUCUGUAAAAGUCAACAAGAUGCCUAAGAAUCGUAGAACCAUUGCUCCUGGAAGGGCUGAAGUACCGACCAGAGACAAUAGAGUUGGCUCAACCCGGCUUCGGCCAGGCCAACAGCAGCAGCAGCAGCAGCAGCAGCCAGAGUCUGCCCCCCCUCCACCUGCCCAGCAACCAGCCCAACCUAUACAGACCCAAACACAGCAGAGCCAGCAGCAGCAGCAGAACGCGAGGAGGAAGUCCAACUGUGUGAAGGAGGUGGAAAAACUGCAGGAGAAGAGAGAGAGGCGGAGACUGCAGCAGCAGGAGCUGAGGGAGAAGAGAGCACAGGAAGUUGACACGACAGUCCCUAACUACGAAAUACUGCAGAUGAUUAGAGACUUCAGAGCGAGCUUGGACUACAGGCCGCUGACCACAGCAGAUUUGAUUGAAGAACACCGGAUAUGUGUUUGUGUGAGGAAACGUCCUCUCAACAAAAAAGAACUCACAGCAAAGGAGCUGGAUGUGAUCACCAUCCCCAGUAAAGACGUGGUCAUGGUCCACGAGCCUAAGCAGAAAGUGGACCUGACCCGAUUCCUAGAGAACCAAACGUUUCGCUUUGAUUAUGCCUUUGACGACAGCACGACGAAUGAAAUGGUUUAUAGGUUUACAGCGAGGCCCCUGGUGGAAACUAUCUUUGAGAGAGGAAUGGCCACAUGCUUUGCCUAUGGCCAAACUGGCAGUGGAAAAACGCAUACUAUGGGUGGAGAUUUUUCUGGAAAGAAUCAGGAUUGUUCGAAAGGAAUCUACGCAUUAGCUGCUCGGGAUGUUUUCCUCAUGCUGAAGAAACCCAACUACAAGAAGCUGGAGCUUCAAGUCUACGCAACCUUCUUUGAAAUCUACAGUGGGAAGGUGUUUGAUCUGCUGAAUUGUAAGGCGAAGCUGCGAGUGCUGGAGGACGGGAAGCAGCAGGUACAGGUGGUUGGGCUGCAGGAGAGGGAGGUCAAAUGCACUGAAGAUGUCCUCAAGCUCAUUGAGGUUGGGAACAGCUGCAGAACAUCAGGCCAGACUUCUGCUAAUGCUCACUCGUCCCGGAGCCACGCUGUCUUCCAAAUCAUUCUAAGACGAAAGGCAAAGAUGCACGGCAAGUUCUCGCUCAUUGACCUGGCAGGAAACGAGCGCGGGGCCGACACAUCCAGCGCUGAUCGGCAAACACGUCUGGAGGGAGCCGAAAUCAACAAGAGUCUGCUUGCACUAAAGGAGUGCAUCAGAGCCCUGGGGCGGAACAAACCCCACACACCGUUCAGAGCCAGUAAACUCACGCAGGUGCUCAGAGACUCAUUCAUUGGGGAGAACUCCAGGACUUGCAUGAUUGCCACCAUCUCUCCUGGAAUGGCUUCCUGUGAAAACACAUUGAAUACACUACGAUAUGCUAACAGGGUAAAGGAGUUUGGGAUUAGUCCUUCAGACAUCCCGUUCUCUCAGGGGGGAGGAAGUCGAUCUGAGCUUUCCCCCACCUAUGAAGUGAAGGAACUGACUGUGGACCCGAAUGCUGUGGCAGAAGGGGUUCGACCCAACAUGAACGCUAUCAACCAACUGGACAUCAUGGAUGAGGAGUGGGAGCUCAGCAACUCGCCUCAGAGAGACGACCUGAAGCUGCUGUGUGAACAGAACGAAGAGGAAGUGUCCCCUCAGCUCUUUACCUUCCACGAGGCCGUGUCCCAACUGGUGGAGAUGGAGGAGCAGGUCCUGGAGGAUCACAGGGCAGUGUUUCAGGAGUCGAUCAGGUGGUUGGAGGACGAGAAGGUUCUCCUGGAGAUGACGGAGGAGGUGGAUUAUGAUGUAGACACUUACUCUUCCCAGCUUGAGCAGAUCCUGGAUCAAAAGAUUGAGAUUCUGAUUGAGCUCAGAGAUAAAGUGAGGUCUUUCCGCUCAGCGCUGCAGGAAGAGGAGCAAGCCAGCAAGCAGAUCAAUCCCAAAAGACCUCGCGCCCUAUAGGCCGGGGUCAGAGGUCAUCAGCGCCAGCAUGUGACUGCUAGACACCUAGCGCUUUACAAAGAAGCAAAUUCUGCAGAAAAAAACAAGGAAACAAACAGCAGCAAGGAGGAGGAGGAGGAUCUGUGCUGGAUGACCGGAGUUCAGAGGAGUUCUUCAGAAAUUCAUUUUUAAAUUUUGUAUUUUUGCUCAAUAUUCAAACCAUUCGGUUGCGUUUGUGUUCUGAUGAACUGCUUUGAGUUGGACGCUGAUCAUUCAGCUCGUUCACGUUUCUGGAAUAAAUCUAUAUCUGGCAGAUCAGGAAGACAGCUGUACGGACAUUUCCACAUCAGGAAAGGAUUUAGGAAGGUGAAUUUAUUUGUGUGUUUUUUUUUUUUUUGUCUGAGAAGUUGGUGAUUCGAGUGAAGUAACACUGGUGGGAGUAUUGGGGAAUUUUGUUUUUAUUUUUAUUUUUUGUUCUUUAAAUUUUUUUUAUUUUCUUUUAAUUUGUCUUUUUAUUUAAUUUAUUUUUAGUUUUUAAAUUUUAGCUAAAUGGCUGUUGGUCCGCUCUUUUUUUUUUUUUUAGGGGUUGUUACCACUUCUUUUUGUUCAUUUUUCAUUUGAAGUUCUACAAUUCUAUGCAUGAGCAUUUAAUACCUGCUGUUCACUGUUCUCCAUUACCAGCAUGACAAGAGAAUACAAGACCCAUCUGCACUUUAAAAAUGUUAAACGCUGUUUUUUUUUAAUGGAGUUUGUCAGUGGAUCUCCUUCAGCGCUGCAUAGACACACAACAUGUAUUAUUAAUCUAUCGUCUCCCAUUGGAGGGUCCAUGUCCAUUCUGUUGUUUUGUUUAUAGUGUUUGUUUGAUUUAGACCCACUGUUUAAUUUUUUACAAUUUAUUUUUAUGUUUAGUAUGUUUUAAAAGGAGGCUGCUGCUAUGCAGGGGUGGAAGUAAAUAAGUAAGUAGAGCUGAGCUGAUCUGGAGUCAGUCAUUGAAAGUCUCAAAUGGGCUCAAAUGUGAAGGUUGUUUUAGUUUUACUGUAUCUUUCUUAGUUCUCUUCAUUUUCUUUACUGAUGUGCCGACUCUGAUGUGUUUGAUCAGCUGUACAACGCUUCUCUGUUCCUCAAACCGUGUUUUCUGAUUUCUGAAACUUAACUGUUGCACAAGCACUCCUCUGUUUGCUUUCUACAUUUAAUACUUCCAAAAUUCUACACCAUCCAGUAGCAAGAUUUGUAAAAUAAUAAUAAAAACAACAAAACAGAAUUAGGACAAGAGGUUAUUAACAGGUAUUUAGGUCACAACACUCACCUACAGCUGACAGAUUUCACUGUUGGCACCAACUAAAGUCAAUGGUGUUGAAAUAAACAUCGAUUUGACAA